CAGUAAACCUCGACCCAGUGGCAGGAAGUUUCCGCUCCUGAUCACUUGCAGUUGUCUAACCCAACCCCACUUCUUCUUCUUCACGGUUAUUUCUUUUUCGAUCCUAACCCAGAUCACAAAUCAUCCUAAUUUCUCCAUCUUCGUCGCCGUUCUCCUCUCCGAUGAGGCCCAUAAGGCUUCCAGAACCUCCCGGCCCAUCUCUGGGCGUGCCAGAGAUCUUCGAAGGUGGCGCUUACAGUGUAAUUCGAAGGGCUGUGAUUAUCGGUAAUGGGUUUCCGGGGUCCGAGAAUCAGAGCAUCGGAUUGGUCCGGGCUCUUGGCUUGGCCGAUAAGCAAGUGUUGUAUCGGGUGACAAGGCCAAGAGGAGGAAUAAAUGAAUGGCUUCACUGGCUCCCUGUUUCUCUUCACAAAAAGCUUGAUUACAUUAUAAGACAAUUACUUCUGCUAACAGUUCGACGGCGGAAACUUAUGCCUGUACCAAUGGAAAAUGGUGGCAGUGUCGGCUUAUCAUCUGUUUUAGAAGCUGAUGUGAAGCAGAUUGUGACCAUGGCUAGUGAGACAUAUGAAAAGGAAGGCCCUCUGUUAGUGGUUGCAUCUGGCAGGGACACCAUAUCUAUUGCAAGCUCCAUAAAAAAAUUAGCAGCUGAAAAUGUAUUUGUUGUUCAGAUACAGCAUCCAAGAUCACAGUUACAUAGGUUUGACUUAGUGGUUACCCCUCGUCAUGAUUACUAUCCUUUGACUCCUCAAGCACAGAAGCAGAUUCCCCGUUGUCUUCGCAAGUGGAUAACUCCCCUUGAACCUCCUGAUAAGCAUGUGGUCCUCACUGUAGGGGCUCUACAUCAAAUUGAUUCUUCUGCACUUCGGAGUGCAGCUAGUGCAUGGCAUGAUGAGUUUGCACCUCUUCCAAAGCCACUACUUGUGGUUAACAUUGGAGGGCCUACAAGUCACUGUCGAUAUGGUGUGGAUCUUGCCAAGCAGUUAUCAGCCUGUCUGCAUGGGGUUCUUGUGAGCUGUGGUAGUGUGAGAAUAUCUUUCUCAGAAAGAACUCCUGAGAAGGUAUCCAAUGUCAUAGUGAAAGAACAUAUGGAUAAUCCAAAAGUUUAUAUAUGGGAUGGUGCAGAACCAAAUCCACACAUGGGACAUCUAGCUUGGGCUGAUGCUUUUGUUGUCACAGCAGAUUCAGUGAGUAUGAUAAGUGAGGCUUGCAGCACAGGCAAGCCUGUAUAUGUCAUUGGAGCUGAGCGUUGUACAUGGAAGUUCUCAGAUUUCCAUAAUACUCUGAGGGAACGAGGAGUGGUUCGACCAUUUACGGGUAGCGAAGAUAUAUCAGAAAGCUGGAGCUACCCACCCCUUAAUGACACGGCAGAAGCAGCUAUUAAGGUGCGUGAAGCACUUGCCGAGCGUGGAUGGAGAUUGCGGCCAUAAGGAACUGUUUGACUAUAGUUGUAGGCCCAUUGCUAAAUAACUUUUUUUUCAAAGGUGCAGACUUCUGAAAAUUAAGUUUGUUCUUAUACAACAUAUAGGAGAACAAAUCAUUGAUAGCUUAAUUCUUUGCCCCUCAGGGGUUCUGAGAUGAAAAGAUGUGCAGAAUAAAUAUGAGCUCCACACUGCGGCUUGUAAAAUAGAAAGAGGCAGAUAUGUAUCUUGCAGCCAUGCUGGAAGCCAUUUUAAAGAGUGGGUUUUAGUGAAAAAGGUUGUUUUUGUGCUGCAAAUUUUUGUGGAUCUGAACUUAUGCUUUAUCCACUUGGUGUUUUGAUGUUGAUUUGUUGAUUCACACUUCUCAAAGGAAGGCCAAAUUGAUGAAAUGGGCAAUGCUGUCAUUUUAUUUGUUUCUUUGUUUAUGUUUAUGGUGGACGCCAAAUAACUCCCUAAUGAAGCAGGUAAAUGAUGGUACCUGGCCCUUGUUAGUGGGCUGAGAAUCUGAGAUAUUGUAUGUACAGUAUGAAUCUGAAUAGCAUAUUGUUUUUGUUUUCUUUUAAUGUGUAAAAGUUAUAUGUGAAAUUGGCUGCUUCUUUUUUUGGCCCAAUCUUAUUAUUUAUUCAUUUUGGUGGUGGGAUAUGGCAUCA